AUGCCGAGGAUCAUGACCAUGAACGGUGACCGCCACUCGGUUGCCGCGGCGCCGCUGGAUCUGCGCACCACUAACAGAGAGCGUGGGAGCGCCGGGUCGAGGACUCCGGACUGCGGACUGCCAAGGUCGCGCCAGGGGCUCUCGCCCGCGCCCGCCGAGUGCACGGGGACGAACAAUUCGGAAAUACACUCCCCCGCACUCAGAAGUGCCCCGGGCUCAGAGACCGGCGCUGCUCGCAAACGGCCGGCGGACAACUCUUUCCACAAUCUUCCCUUUCGGAAACGCCCGGUUCAUAAGACCCAGGCGCAGUCACCGGCUCCACCAGAGAGUGGAGACCGCUCCUCCCUCGUGGAAGAUACGGACGUGACAUUUCGGGAGAGUUUGUCCAGUUUCUCGGAGAGAGCCGCGGGUGAAAACAGGGUCGGACCAGCACCGGUGACUCCCGGGCGGAAUCCAGAGACGGGACAGAGUCCAGAUAGAUGUCCCACACGCCUUUUGCAGAUUAAUUACGGUCAUUACCCAGUGUAUUAUUUGCCCCAUGUCCCAGAGCCAAACCACCCCCUGGCCCACCAAACCAAUAACCUGCAGGCUGGUAUCACUCUGGCUACACAUCAAGAUGAGGAUGGAGACACAGCUCUCCAUAUAGCUGUGGUGCAGGGGAAGUUGGCCAUUGUCCGCACACUGAUCCAUCUCCUGCAGUGGGCUCGCAGAGGCCUUGAUAUCUACAACAACCUCCGUCAGACUCCCCUUCACCUGGCAGUGAUAACCCAGCAGGCAGACAUGGUGGACAUAUUGCUGAGUGAGGGCGCUGACCCUGCUGCCUUGGACCGAAAUGGCCAAACAGCACUCCACCUCUGCUGUGAAUUCAACCAGCGUGAAUGUCUAUCUGUAGUGCUCACUCGGUCCUCAUCCUCCACAUGCUUGGAGAUGAGAAACUAUGAAGGUUUGAGCCCUCUCCAUCUGGGUGUGCUGCGCGGACAUAAGGACUUAGCCAGAAUGCUGCUGGAUGCAGGCGCUGACAUCAAUGCAAUGGACAUCAAAAGUGGCCAGAGUCCUCUCAUGCACGCAGUGGAGAGCAAUAAUGCAGACAUGGUCCACUUCCUCAUUGAGAAUGGCUGUGAUGUCAAUAGCCAGUCAUACAGUGGGAAUACAGCCCUGCACAGCGCUUGUGGCCGAGGUCAGGUGGACACGGUGCGGCUGCUUCUGAAGAGCGGAGCUGACAGUAGCCUCAAGAACUACCACAACGACACCCCUGUAAUGGUGGCCAAGAACAAGAAAAUAGCAGAUGUGUUACGAGGGAGAGGCUCCAAGCACAUCAGAGUUCAAGAUCAACACUGUGUCUCAGUCUAGCCUCAUGGGAGCAACUUAAUGGAAAAUGGGUCCCCAUCUCCCAGCAGGAGUCGCGGAUGUUCACCUUCAACUACACCACACACCCCUCAUCACAGCAACGGACACUCUCCAAAGACUCCAUCUAUGCCUCUAUUGCCAUUUUACUAGCUCAAAGUUAUUGCCCAUUGCAACUUGCAACUACCUCUACACGGCCAACCAUCAAAGAGUCUUCAGUGCCCAAAAGGACACCCAGCAGGAUGUUCAGCCAGUGGGAAGACAGACCAGCAAUAGACUACAUCUGAAAUUAAACUUCCCUACAAAGUGGCAUUCUUUCCCUGGACUUCAUGACAAAAGACAAACAUUGCUGGCAUCCUUCCCUGGGCUUUGAUGGGCUAAUUGAUUGCCUGCUUAUCUAGCUUCUGUUGUGGGCACUCCCCUUAUGACUGGGGGCAAAUUGGUCACCAACAAGCAGCUGCAGUGAUCAGCUACACUUUCUGACAUUUUAAAAUUGUACCCAGUCUGCUUGUUGUAAGGUUUAACAAUGUUAUUUGACAUGCUAAAUUAUUUCAUUGCACAGUCAAAUCCCUUCUUCUUGUCGUUUUAAUAACCUAUGUCCUCUGUACCUUUUAGGUCUGUUUUGUGUGCACAUGUGCCUGUAUGCGUUCGUGUUGCUUUAUUACUGUCAAAAGUUGUAGAUAUUUUUUAUAAAAAAUUUGGACAGAU